CAAAGGAAGACCUGCCCAUCGGAGCCAUGGCCUAUCCUUUCGGCAAGGGCAAAGGGAGGAUGGGCAAGGCAAGGCUUGCCCCGGACUACUCGUUUCAGGUCAUGAUGCGCGAUUAUGACAGCGAGGAGCGCAAGAGGCGGAUAGAGGCUCGCUAUAGCCAGCAGCACGCUGCACCGGCCGCAGCCCUGCUUUCUACCGCUGCAGGCCCGCUCUGGACGCGUCACCCGAAGGCCCAGGAUAUCAAGAACGGGGCCGCUGAGCCAGCCACAGUCGUUGAUUUGCAGCUGCCUGGUGAGUCUGACGGCGAGGAAGUAGAUGAGUGUCCGGGUGAUUUGCAGCCGAGCGACGCCUAUGACCCAUUGCAGCGGGACUACAGCGCUGCUGCUCUGGCCGCAAUGGAGAAGCGCAGGCAAGAGCUUCUUGCCAACCCUGUGCAGGUUGAAGCUCCGCCGGCCCCUGCCGCCCACCCAGCUCCGCAGCAGCCUUCGCAGCCUGUGCAGCCUGCGCAGCCUGAGCAGCCUGUGCAGCCGGAGCCUGCUUUGACUCGGCCAGUGGAGGCACCGUUCAGUGGCCAGCUGUUGCGGGUGGUCCACGCCUUCGAUGGCCGCCAGUGCCGCAGAGCGGGCUGCUUCUCUUCAGCCCUUGGUACGGUGAGGAGUAUUUGGUCUUGCGCAAAGAUGAGGCGGUCGUUUGGCUGCGAGAGGAGGCAGGCUGGUGCCUGGGGCGCAGAGUGGAGCCCAACACACGGCACACCGUCGGCCCCGAGCCUUCGGAGGGCUGGUUUCCUCCUGGUUUCGCAAAGCCACCAUGAGAAAAGCGGCGAGGAUUGGCGAGUCGGAGCUGUGUGUCUGACGUGUGGAAGGAAGCAAGGAAGGUUCAACGAAGUGGACUUGACUGGCUCAUGGAACCUGCUCAUGAUCUCCUUGGAACACCGCUGUUUGGGGAAUCACUGGAAGAGGCUACUUUUUUCAAGAGCACCCCGAUGCGUGCAAGGUUGGGUGUUGAAGGACCAGCAUUUGGCGGGCCAUUGCUUUGUUGACUCGUUUUGGCUCGCAGCAAGAUGAGCAAGGGC